UAUGUACGAGUAUUCACAGACACCAAACCUGAAGUUCUCUACGAGUUACUGACAACACAGUGGGAACUUCCACGUCCCAAUCUGCUCAUCUCAGUGACUGGAGGAGCCAAGAACUUCUACCUGAAGUCCAACCUGAAGAAGGCUUUUCACAGAGGACUUAUCAAAGUUGCUCAGACUACAGGAGCAUGGAUCAUUACUGGCGGUACCAACGCUGGUGUGAUGAGACAUGUGGGACAGGCUGUGAGGGACUACGCCCUGAGUAACACCAAGCAGAGGGAAAUAGUGGCUAUUGGAGUGGCACCAUGGAGAGUAAUUCACAACAGAGAUAAAUUAGUAAAUGAAGAAGGUUGCUUCCCGGCUCAAUAUGUGAUUGACAAACAAGGUCAGGGUAAUAUGGCCUGUCUGGAUGACAAUCAUUCCCACUUCCUGCUGGUUGAUGAUGGGACCAGUGACAAAAAUGCCUAUGGUGCAGAGAUCCCACUGCGCACACAACUAGAGCAAUACAUCUCAGACCAAACUCUUGGAAACAAAGCGACUACUAUAAAGACCCCAGUGGUUUGUGUGGCAUUGGACGGGGGAUAUGGUACACUCAAAACCGUCCACCAAGCUAUUACUAAGGGGAUACCAUGUGUGAUCCUGGAGGGCUCUGGGAGGAUAGCGGAUGUUAUCGCUCGUGUGUUUAAACAGAGGAACACAUCGACGACCGACAUCGACGACUUCAACGACCUCAUCGACAAGCAGAUGAAUAAAUUUUUAGAAGAGUACAAAAAAUUUGAUCAAGUCAAGAAGAAAGACUGCAACAUAAAGGCUUGGAGGCUGAUUCAGGAGAUCGUCCAAAAGCCUGAAUUACUGACAAUAUUCAGAGCAGGCAAGGAUGAACUGGGGGUGUUGGAUGUGGCAAUCCUUGAUGCACUUUUCAAAGCUUCAAAGACUAGUGAAUCACAAGAAGAUAACUCCUGGAAGAAGCAACUGAAGCUGGCGAUUGACUGGAACAGAGUCAAUUCAGCUGAGACUGAGAUUUUCACUGAGGAUAGACAGUGGACGUCCAGCGACCUCCACUGGGCCAUGACUUCAGCCCUGGUUGGCAACAAGCCUGAUUUUGUAAGUCUUCUCCUGGAGUACGGUGUGUGUCUGGAGGACUUCCUGGAUGAAGCCACUCUUUGUGAGCUCUACCAAAAGCUGCCCAACUGCUUUUUCCUGUACAAGCUGUUUAAGAGGGUGGAACCUAAAGAAAAAUACAGGAGGAAGGAAUUGCACAAGGAGGGUUUCAGAGACAUUAAAGAAAAAAUCUCUCCGACUCAUGUCUCUGAUGAAGUGCGCCACCUGAUGGGAAAAUUCACAAAGCACAUCUAUCCUCCAGGCCCCAAGGAUAAGAGACAAACUAUUUGGAUAGAAGACAUACCGUAUGGAUAUAAACCUGAAACUCAGAGGGACGAUGAAGCCAAGAGGAUUGCAGGCAGAGACCUUUUCCUUUGGGCAGUUGUCCAGAACAACAAGGAACUGUCUAAAAUUGCCUGGGAUCAGUGUGGAGACUGCAUAUCUGCUGCUCUGGCUGCCAGUAAGAUCCUGAAGAAAAUGGCUGAGGAGUCAAUUGAUGCAGACGAGCCUCAGGAAAUGCUGGAGCUCGCCAGUCACUUUGAAGAUCGUGCGAUUGGUGUGUUCAGCAAUUGCUACAAGAAUGAUGAGGAGCGAGCCCAGAAGCUGCUGGUUCGAAUCUCACGCCUUUGGGGCAAGACGACGUGCCUGAGGCUGGCACUGGAGGCCGAUAAUAAAAAAUUUGUGGCUGAGUUAGGUGUUCAGGAUCUUCUUACUCAGAUCUGGUGUGGUGAGCUUUCAGUACACAAUCCUGUGUGGAGGGUGCUGGUCUGCAUGGUCUUCUUCCCUCUGAUCUACACCAAGUUUCUGGUUUUCAGAUGCGAUGAAGACCUCCAGAGAGAAAUCGAGCAGAAAGAGGACAUAAAAAUGAGUGUGGAGGAAGAGAAAAACAGCACUUGGAACAAUAAUUUGUGUUGCAUUAAGCAGAGUGGGAAAUUUCCGAACUGCUUGUCCAGACUGCUUGGACUGUACUGCGCUCCUCAGGUCAAGUUUUAUGGAAACAUCGUCUCGUACUUCGCCUUCCUGUUCCUGUUUGCUUACGUCCUGAUGGUCGACUUCCAGAGAACUCCAUCUAUAGCAGAGCUGGUGCUCUACUUCUGGUUGUUCACUCUGGUGUCUGAGGAGAUCAGACAGCUGUUUUAUGAUCCUGAUCAUUUUGGGUUUUGUGAGAAAGCCAAGGUGUACAUUCAAGAGCUGUGGAACAUUUUGGACGUCAUCUCCAUCCUGCUGUUCUGUCUAGGACUUGCAUUCAGGCUGACAACCAAGUUGCUCUACCCAGGUAAAAUCAUCCUGUGCAUCGACUUUGUGGUCUUCUGCCUCCGCCUCAUGGCGAUCUUCACCAUCAAUCGCACGCUGGGACCUAAAAUCAUCAUAGUCAAGAAGAUGAUGAGGGAUUUGUUCUUCUUCAUGUUUCUCCUGAGCAUCUGGGUCGUGGCGUACGGUGUGGCCAAACAAGGCAUCCUCAUCGAAAAUGACAAUCGACUGGACUGGAUCAUGCGUGGGGCUAUUUACGAGCCGUACCUCGUUAUAUUUGGAAAUUUCCCUGAAAAUGUUGACAAUGCUAAGUUUGAUAUGAAUUCAUGCAGCAUGAAUGGUACAGAUCCCCUGAAGCCCAAGUGCCCUGUGCUGAACGAAAAGGAAAUGCCGGUCUUCCCUGAGUGGCUCACCAUCGUCAUGCUCUGUGUUUACUUGCUCUUUGCCAACAUAUUGCUCAUCAACCUCCUCAUAGCCAUCUUUAACUACACUUUCGAGGAGGUCCAUGACAACACGGAUAGGAUCUGGAAGUUUCAAAGAUAUCAGCUGAUCAAAGAGUACUACAGCCGCCCGGCCCCACCGCCUCCUUUCAUCAUCCUCAGUCAUCUCUACCUCUUCAUCAGAAAAUUGGUGCUGUGGAAUGCUCCGAAAUUUCAAACUGCAUUCAAGAAGGAUUUUAGAGGAAAAGAGGAAGAGGAGCUGUUGUCCUGGGAAGCCUUGAUGAGGGACACAUAUAUGAUAUCUGAACGGCAGGCGAAGAGCCAGAGCAUGGAGGGGCGCAUCCAGGAUUCAUCCCAAAAGGUUACCACCUUAACUGAACGGCUGGAGAAACUAGAAGAACAGGUCACCAAUGCACUGCAAAGGAGAAUGGAUACACUAGAGGGACAGGUCACCAGUGCACUGCAGAGGAUUGAGGACAGUCUGAAAUCUCUGGGUGCUCCUGCGAAAGAAACUCAGCCACAGAGUACUGUCGAGUGAGAUGGACUCAGUCGUUGCUGCCAUGUCUACUUUAAAUAUGGAUCAUGACACUAGGCCAUAAAUGGGUUGGUCUUCUGAAAAAGACAGAAAUAUGCUUUGUGUUUUUUAUCUCCUUGCAGCUCUGAAAAAGUACUAAAUUACUGUUUCUUGCUGCAGGUUUCUUGAUUUUUCUAGCAGAAAUAUAAUUAUUAAAUCAAUUUGUAUUUCUUACUUUUUGGACGAAAUGUGCUUAGAUGCUAAAUUAAAUGAGUCUUAGUUGAAUACGUGGUGAUAUAAGUUAUGGGUAGUGUGGGUUUAAAGGCCAGAAGUAGACGUUGACUUAUCUGCUUUUCUCUCUUUCAGUGUUGAAGUAAUGAGGAUGUUGUUUAUAAUAAUUAAAUCAAACUGUUCAUUAUUUUUUUUGUAGGGUCAGACUAGCUAAUCAAUCGAUAUUGAGUGAAAAUGCAAUGAUUGCUCAACCUGUGAUUAAAAACAUGAAUCUGU